AUGAAUCCCUCAACAUUUUUCCUAGUUACAAAAUGUCUAAAAUCAAUACAUUAUGCCACUGUAAGAAAUUGUGCCAGUAGUUCUCAGUUAAAAGAACCUACAGUAACGAUACUCAAUGCCUCUACUAAAAUCGGAAGAAACCUAGCACUGUUACUGAAGCAGAGCCCCUAUGUGGGGGAGCUGCGAUUGCACGACACUAACAACAAUGUGUGUGCCGUAGCCGAAGAUCUAAGUCACAUAGACACCAAGGCAAAGGUGAAGUCUUUUGGUGGUAAAACUGCUAUGAAACAUGCAAUAUUGGAUGUGGAUGUAGUUGUGGCAGUAGGAGGCUGCAGAAGUUCUCUUAGCCAGACGCCAAAGCUUCUGUUUGAAAAAAAUGCUGAUGAUGUCAGGCUAAUAACUCUACACAUGGUUGAAUUCAAUCCAAAAGCUGUACUUUGUUUGGCGAAACCUCCAAUUGAAGCGAUGGUACCCCUAGUAUCACAAGAGUAUAAGAAAGCUGGUGUUUACGACAGCAGAAAAAUUAUUGGAAUCACCUCAAUGGCAACCAUGAAAGCAAAUUACUAUGUCGCUGCCGCUAGUGGUAAAAACCCCGCCAAUAUUCUAUGUCCUAUUGUCGGGGGAGUAAGCUCAAACUGCUUAGUGGGUGUCCUAUCGCAAGCCAAACCAAACCUUGGAGACAAUCAUAUCAAAGUUCAGAAUAGCCUAGCGAAUAGUGAGGAUGAUGUUUUGAGGCAGUAUGCAGAUUGCGGAACAAUAUGCUUUUCUCCGGCACUCGCCAUUUCAAGAUUCAUAAAUUUAUUGUUAAGGGCCCUUAUGGGAGACACGAAUUGUGUAGAUUGUGCUUUUGUCGGGCAAACCGGGCACAUCGGACAAUUUUUGCCAUACAUGGCUUCGAUUGUACGAUUAGGGCGUCAGGGUGUAAUGUCCAGCCACAUGCCGAGAGUGAAUGGCGACGAGGCGCACCGCCUAAAAAUGGCGUCUUUCUUUAUAAGAGACCUCAUCAGCUUAGGCGAGUCCUUUGUCACGGGCGAAAUCAGACCACCGAUUAAGUUUGGCUUGAACCUAUCAAAACAAUCAAACAAAGAACAGUGCAUCGACAGAAAUUUAUCAGUCACCAAGGAGGCGAAAGCUGUACAGUAACAUAUAAA